AAACUCAUGGAGGGACAUAUGGAGGAAAAACUGACAACUUUUAAACAUUUCAGGGAGAGAGCUGCAACUUUCGCCAUGAACCUUCAGCCCUUCGUAACGAGACAGUCUGUGUGUACUGGAAGAGUGGGAAAUGUACUCGAGACAAAUGCAUUUUUCGACACAUGGAUAUCACCAGGCGGGUGAGAGCGACCUGGUGGUGUUGAGGCACGAAAUAACACCAAACUGGCCGGACGGAUCCACUGAAGUCAAGGGAAUCACACUGGUCGAAUACGGAAAUCCCAACGGAGGUACAGCGCCACAGAGGUACAGUGGGUGUUCCAGCGGCGAUGUGUACGAAGAUGGUGCUCUGAGGGGAUCCAAACGCGGGGCUGUGUAUUACCGCUCAAACGCGACAUGUACUGUACCACCAAACAGUGCUGGCUCGCGUGAGGCAGGAAGGCAUCCAGGCCAAUACCACAUCCAUUGUUUUGAAUGUACUUAUGAUAUGCUGUUUGGCCCUGUGUCAAGACGUCUUAGGGCCGAGAAUUGUGGACAGCGAAACAUAAGAGAGGGUGUUGUGCUGGUGAGGAAGGCAAUCAAUGAGCGAAUGGUGCUUAGUGGUAGUUAUAUAGUUCAUUAA